CGCCCGCGUUCGCCUUCGUCGCGGUUAAUUCUUCGAACCGGCGUGAUCGACGAGUGAGAAACCUACCGCGUCCUGGUGAAUUGGAAUGAAAUUGUGAACAGGUGCUUUCCGCACGGAAUCGACACGCGGUGUUCUCGAUUAUUAGUCGUCGCAUAGUCGUGUUAUUUAUUCUUGGAUGGAAAACUACCUGCUGCAGUGCUGACAUCAUCGGUUUAAUUACCCACUCUCUGUCCGAACACCCCCGUCAUCCAGGGACAAUACCUGGCGUGGAAUUAUGCCCUGUCGACGAAGAAGUUCACAGUCGUGUUAAAAGGAUGUCGCCAGGAUUCGGAAUUCGUGUACAUUCCACGACCUGCCGGACGUCAUGCGUGUGAACGCAUUUCCGAUCGAAAGUAAACCUCGGAACUGUCACGCGAAAAAUUAUGCGAACGAAAAUGUAGUCAGAGGGCUCUGACAUCGAUCGUUUCAGCGACGAGUUAUCAAUUAUGGAACGACAAGCCUCGCGGCGUUGGCGCGGAAGUUACAGAAGACGGAGAAAAAAACCUUGGGCCGAACGUCUCGCCGAUUGGACGAGAAAUUUCAUCGCGUUUUUGUUCAGCAAUGUCGGUAUCGUCUGUCUCGUCGUCGGUUACGCCGUAGCCGGUGCCGCCAUAUUUUACUACAUCGAAGGGGAAAUGUGUCAGAAGACGCUGAACGUUACCAGGAACGAAAUUGCUGACAAACUGUGGAACUACACCUCGAGGGUAAAUAUCUUCUCCGAGCAGCAGUGGAAGCUCCAGGUUGACAUCAUGCUCAAGGAGUACCAAAAGGAUGUUGUGAAGGAGGCAAAGAACGGCUACAAAGUCAAAUCCAUGGAAUGGACCUACGCCGGUGCAUUCCUCUACUCCCUCACCGUCAUCACAACCAUCGGUUACGGAAACAUUUCGCCAAGAACCGCAUGGGGCAAAGUAGCAACAAUCAUUUACGCCAUUGCUGGAAUGCCGCUGUUCCUUCUCUACCUCAGCAACAUCGGCGACAUCCUGGCGAGGAGUUUCAAGUGGACUUAUGCACGCUGCUGUCUCUGCAGGUGUCGAAGAAAGCCCCGCCGCUUCGAGCCGCCGCCUCCUAGAACGAACGUUGCCCCCGCCGGCAGAGACCAAUGGCAGAUGGUUAAAAUACACGGUGGGGAACUCGAAACAUCCAGUAUCGAGCAGGGAAGCUCAGGUGACGAUGACGAGGGUGACGAGGAGAGUGAAGGUAGCUAUGAUCCGCAGAACGUGACAGUGCCGAUCACCUUGUGUCUCACCAUAAUGGCUGGGUACGUGUGCGGCGGAGGUAUGCUCUUCUCGAUGUGGGAAGGCUGGGGCUUCUUGGAAUCCUCCUACUUUUGCUUCAUAUCGCUGAGUACCAUUGGCUUCGGAGAUUACGUACCUAGUGAUGAAAUUUAUUCGUCGAAGGGAAUCAGCGAGUUCUCCUUUCUCUUCUGUUCCUUGUAUCUGAUGCUGGGUAUGGCCAUGAUAGCGAUGUGCUUCAACCUGAUGCAGGAGGAGGUGAUAGCGAAGUGGCGGACCCUCAUCCGCACCUUGAGACACAUAUUCAGGUGCGACAGGUGACAGACGCGGCGGGCAUCAGCAGCUCUAAAAUCGUCAACCCACACCCGAAGCACAAAUUGCUAGAGGCACGAAAGCAGCGUAGGUGCAGGUGGGAUCAAAAGUGUGUUAAGUGGUGUUGAGUUGAAUGCGGUCGACGGAACGGACGGACAGAGCGCGGGCACCACCGAGGAGCCCGAGGCAAGAGUCACCCAGCCACCGAGACGAGAAGGUCUUCCGAGGUGUGGCCGAAAGAGUUGAGUCGUUAUGGUACGAUGAUAUUGACGCCGAGGCUACCUGCGCCCACCACCUGCUGCAAGCACAAAUACGAGUCCCAUGCAUACGAGUCUGCGAACAGUAUGGGUGAAGGCACUCGGUUCAAUUCG